AUGCCUCAUACAGCGUCAAACACAACAUUGAAAAACACAGUCAAUGUAUUUACUUCUUCACUCUUAACAAGUACAGGAACUUUUCCAAAGCCGGUUGUUGGAGAAUCAAUAGUUCAAUCUGGUAAUCACGCUUAUAUAUUUGGUGGUCGGGAUGCUGAAGAUUCUAGCCUCACGAAUGAUUUGUACAUCGUUGACUUAGAAACGUCCUCCUGGAAAUUGGUUGAAAAUCAAGGAUCUAUAAAACCUACUCCACGAUACUUCCAUUCUGGUAUUAUUUGGAACGGCAAUCUUGUGUUCUUUGGAGGCAUCGGGUUUGACGAAGAUAAGAAUUCAUUGUGUGGUUUAAAUACGACCGAGAUUUUUAACCUGGAGACCAAAACGUGGAGAAUUAUUCCAGCGAAAGAAAGUGAAACCGGAAGUGAAAGUGAUGCAGGAACGUCUACAUGCGAGCCUCUACCAAGGUAUGGUCAUUUAUACUGCGUUUUGGGAGAUUAUAUGAUUGUAUACUGUGGACAAGAUCUGUCAAAUAAUUACAUCGAACAGAUCAACGUUUUUGACCUGAUAACUGAGAAAUGGGUCCACAGUUCUCCAUUUGCUUAUCAUUGUGGUGUUUACAGAUCAAACUGUACUUCCUUAGAUCAUGACAGUGAUUUUUCUAAAUUUUGCACUGCUGAAAACAAUAACAAUGAUGAAGAGAACACUCGAAGACAGAACCAAUUUGUUGGUUCAUUACUGUUCUACCUCAACUCAAACUUCGUCAACGUUAAACGCGAACUUAUUCUAUUAAAGCUGUACAAAGUAUCUAAUACCAAAGGAAACGGAGGAGGAACAGAUAAACGUGAAGGAUCUAACUCCUGCUUUUACUUUGAGGAACAAGACAUAAGUGAAAAAUUUGUAGGUUCCUCCAUGCCUCCAGGACUUCGCUUUCCACGUGUUUACAUGGUCGGAGAGAAUUUGGUACUUUCUGGAAUUUAUCUUACCAGUUCUCGCCAGGCGUUCGUCUUGUGGGUGUAUUCGUUAGAUCGUGCAAACUGGAUUCAACUAGAUACUUUGGGUCUUUUAAAUCAUGGCUCGUGGUUUAAAUGUCUAAGUAUGCAACAAAAUAACCAGCUUGUUAUCUUUGGGAAUAAAACAAGGAAACUAAUACAAGACUAUAAUGUUCGACAAUCAAACUACGAUAACAUGGUUUAUGUUGAGCUUGAGGCAUAUGGUAUAUAUCGAAAACCGAAGAUUCCACAUUACUCGGAAAGAAGCGAAAAAUUAGGUAAGCUGCUAUUAACCGGAGUAAGUGACAUGGAAAUUUUGACUCUAGAACGAAACCGUAUUCCCUGCCUUUCCAAAAUUCUGUACAAGAGAUGGCCAACAUUUCAGAGACUGUUAGAUCAAGCAGCCGAACAGAAUCAGGAUGCCUUUCGAAUGAGCCUUUCCGAACUUGGGCCUCAGCUUCGAAACAUGCUCUACUUUCCUGUAUUACUUGUAUUGUGGAAAGAUAAACGAAACUUACUUGUCAACAAAAACACUGUGUAA